AUGUCGUUCUUGCUGCGCCUAUUCAAACAGUCUAAAGAGGAAGACUACGAAACUAUCCUUUCCACUCUUUCACGCGAUAUUCAAUCACGGCAGCAAAAGCUUGCGGAUAUACGUUUACGCGAACGGCGCUCGACGCUCUGGUCGACUCUUUAUACGGCCGCAGCGUACCUCGUGUACGUCUGCUCGUGGUAUUUCCGAGCCUUUUCUUUACCGCGCGGAGUAGCGCUAGCACCUGUUAUUCUUGGGCCAUUAAUAGUGCUAUUUAUACGGCGGAUAGUCCAGCUUUGGUAUUCGAGAAAGGAGGCCCAUGAAGAGAAGACGCUGCAACAGCUCCUGAAGCAGCAGAGGACAAAGGUGGAGGAGAUCAAGAAGAAGACGAACUACUACUCCACGCGCGAUCUCCUAUCCAAGUACGACGAGUCAACGCCGAUGAAUACACCCCAACCUCAGGGCCUCCGCCAGCGAUUCAACCCCGCGCUCGCGCAGGCUCCCCAAACACCUAAUGCCCCCAGAUCCGGAGGGCCUUCUGCUCCUCCUUCGGGCCCUCUCGGUCCUCCUUCAAUGCCCAAUCCCGCCUUAACGGCCUUCUCCCCUUCACCAUUCCUCGCCACUCCCGCUCGCAAGCAGUGGUACGACAAACUCGCGGACGCCCUGCUCGGUGAAGAUGACCAGGCCCCGCCUUCCUCCCGCUACGCCUUGAUUUGCGAGAGAUGCUUCAAGCAUAAUGGGCUUCUGCCGGAGGCGAUGUGGCAAGACGCUCAAUUUCGUUGCAUAAAGUGCGACCAUCUGAACGCCUCUGUGCGGUCUAAACGCGAGGCCAGGCGGUCGAUUUCGCCGGGUCCUCUUCCUCCAAACGGAUCUCCCCCUUCCCCGACGACGCCUUCGCCAGUACGGAAUGCAGUGGCAAGCGCACCCUCGUCUAUGGCCUCGUCGCCGGCUUCGUCUCCAUCUCGGAAUCCGGGUGACGCCGACGGUGUGUUGGAUAGGAUGGACGAAGAUUAG